UAACUGGCAAGAGAAAGGACAGAGAGAAAAGUAGUCCGAUAAUAUUAGCGGAUUCCAAAUAGCAACAAAUGGCAACUGGCUUACAAGCUGUGAUUCACGACAUUCGAGGUACAGCUCUUCUACCGUUUAUACAUGAAGUAGAGUCAUCUAAAAAUUUCACCUCUGUUCAUCUACCUACCCUGGUAUGGCCUAGCCUGUCCAGCCUUAAUCUAAAUCGAAGUUUCGACCGACGCGGACAGAUGGAGGUUCCGCGAACUUAACUAUUGAUAGGCACGCGCAAAUCGACCGUCAAGUGCCGGUAAAACAAACGCGAAAUACAGUCGCAUACAGUCUUUGCCGCGGGUACGACGUUUUCGAGCAUCGUCAAUCGAACAGCGGUCUUAGUCCUUCGUAAUCCUCCAGCUUCUACCGCUGUGUGCGUAACAAGCAGCUCAAACAUUCCUUUUCGUACGUCGAUACCUGUACGAUAUCGGCGUGGAACAUAAAAGGAAAUAGAAUUUUUGUGGCGUAACAGAGCAAAGGAAAAACAUGUCCACGGCACUGUUGGCCGUGUUCGCCGUGAUUCUAUGCAUCCUGUUCAGGAUAUUAAACGUAAACAGUGCACCGCAGAAGCCAUUGAUCGUCUGUCAAGAUCAGUCAUUUCUUACAACGAUUCUUAAAAUUGCUCCUGUCAUCACAGAACCGUACAAACCAACAAGGCUAUGGGGUUUCAGUGGCCAUGUACAGACCAUCGUGCACAGUGUUAUUGGGCGCGUCCGCUGCCCUUGGCCAAUUGGGGAACGAGUCUACAUCGGACUUCCGGAUGAGACCACUCUCACCUACGAUCUUUAUCAGCCUCUGACCAAUGAUUACGAAGAUGAUGUAACAGUUGCCAUCUGUCCUGGAAUCUGUAAUAGUUCCGAAAGUGUUUAUAUCAGAACUUUCGUACACUUUGUACAAUGCCAUGGAUACCGAUGUGCAGUACUUAAUCACGUUGGAGUACUUUCUAGUGUAAAGAUCACUGCACCGCGAAUUUUUACUUACGGACACACCGACGAUUAUCAUAUGAUGCUACAGAGCUUGAUAGAGAAGCAUCCCAAUACGAAAAUAGUCUGCAUUGGCUUUAGCUUGGGUGGUAACCUUGUGACUAAGUACUUAGGAGAACGAGGAUCGAAUAAAUUAUCCAAUAUAAUCGGCGGAAUAUCUAUCUGUCAAGGAUAUAAUGCUCUCGAAGGUACAAAGUUCCUACUUAACUGGCAGAACUUUCGACGUUUCUACCUGUACAUAAUGUCUGAAUCCGUGAAAAAUAUUAUACUUCAGCAUAAACAUAUAUUGUUAUCCGAGGAAGUUAAACAAAGAUACAACUUAAAUGAAUGGGAUAUCAUUUCCGCUGCAACGUUACCAGAACUCGAUGAAGCUUACACCAGAAAGGUGCAUAACUUUAAAUCUGUAAAUGAAAUGUACAAAUGGAGUAGCUCACAAUUCUAUCUCGAUAAUGUUUCGACACCUAUGGUAUUUAUCAACGCAUUAGAUGACCCUAUUGUACCUGAGACAUUACUAGAUCCCAUUAAAGAACAUGCCAAAACCCACCCGAACACAUUAUACGUAGAAUUAGCUCAUGGUGGACAUCUGGGAUUUUACGAAGGUGGCCUCCUGUAUCCUAAUCCUAUAACAUGGUUAGACCGUACAUUGGUAUCUCUCAUCGGAUCUCUUACAUUAGCACAAGCGGAUAAAUCAUUGAAAACCUCUUAACGUAAUUUAAUUUCACUGUCAUCAUUACUUUGUAAGUAAUGCUUCUUUGGCCGUUUAGCGACAGCAGCUCAUAUUUACUUGAUUCGACCCUCAAGUAAUUAUAAUGACUACACGUUAAGGCGUGAAAUAUAGUGUAUACGAUAUCAAACUUCUUGAGAUCUUCUACGCUAUAAUUGUGAAUUUGAGCAAGCUAGUUGAGUUUAAACGGAAUGUUGUAUUUCUUAAGACUGUCUUAAAAAAUAUUCAUAAUUUCGAUAAAUCGAUUGGAGGAAAUCAUACAAAAAUUUUCUAAAACAGUAGCACAACUUUUUGGCGACAAUUUAUAUUUAUUCGAUGUCCUGGUCAUUGACGCUUCAUACUCAGGGAUCUUUGAUAAGGCGGUUUGACGAAAGAACAUUAUUAAAAAAUGGUAAAGAUGGUUGACUAGAAUCGCAUUAGAAAGAUUGAUAAAAGUUCGAUUAACGGAAAGUAGCAAUUCCCGCUUGUAUCUCGAUUAAAAUUUUUCAAAGUUGUAAAAACCGACGAAUCCGCUUUUUCGUAGACUUUGAAAAAUUAAAAAAUUUUAUCAAAGAUACUGAGCACGAUACUUCUUGAAAUAUGCAUAAUAAAGAUAACUCUGACCUCUUAACAAA